ACAAGAGAUGCCUCGCUUGUUGUACUCGUGGACAUUACGCGAUGAAUUAGAGAAGUUCAGCCUGCGACGUUCAGCAAGGACGCGAGGCGAGGAGAAAUUGACAAACACGACAAAACAAAAAUCCUCCAACAGCAAAAAAAAAGUGAUUUGCUCUUGACGCACCUUGUAGUUGACGAGACUCAUCGAGCCGGAUUACUGUAGUCUUAGGAGCUUUCUAGCGCAAACUUGGCUCAGCCUCGAUUUCUUUGACGUGUCUGUUUCAUCGCUACUCCUAAUGACUGAAAUAUCUGUCGGCUCACAGAUAUUUGACCUAGUCUUUCAUCCCACUCAGGCUACGCUAUACACCGCUUUGCUAUCAGGAGAAGUCACAGGGAUAUCCUACAACCAAAAGGGAAAGCAUCAGCAACAAUUUUCAAUCAAGGUCUCACCAAAAUCAUGUCGUGCUGUCACACUGAAUGAAGAUGGAACUAAGCUUUAUGUAGCUGGGAAGGGGAAGGGAAUACAUACAAUAGACACCGAGACGUGCAAAGUCGUAGAACGUCGUCUCAAGGCACAUGAAUCGCCAAUAAACCGGAUAAAACAUGUCCAACCUUGGCUAUUCUCUACUGGGGACGACGACGGCGUGAUCAAGCUUUGGGACCCCAGAACAAAGGAGUCUAUGCGGACGUACAAGCAUCAUUUUGAUUACAUUACCGACUUUUUAUGGCUUCCAGACACAAAGCACUUGGUUUCCACAAGUGGUGAUGGGACGCUUUCGGUUUUGGACAUACGUUCGAAGAAAACAGAACCGUUUGCCCACUCCGAGGACCAAGAAGAUGAACUUCUUUCGCUUUUAUCUAUAAAAGGUGGGACCAAGGUGAUCGUCGGUACACAGAUUGGGGUCCUAUCUGUUUUCAAUCGAAGCAGUGGAUGGAGGGAUUGCGUUGAUCGUAUCCCAGGACACCCACACUCUGUCGAGGCUCUUUGUUCUCUUCCUUCCCGUUUACCGAACGUUGACAGCUCGAGCACCAUCUUGACCGGCUCCUCGGACGGGUUUUUGAGAGCAGUUGAUAUUUUCCCCACGAGAUUGCGCGGUGUGGUAGCUGAUCAUGGUGAAUGGCCUGUGGAGAGGAUCGCCGUUGGCGAAAUCUCAAGAGAGUUGACACUUGAUGAUAACGAUGAUGGAGGAGACAAAGCCGUAGCUAACCAGGAGGACGAGGACUCUUCGACCGCUGGCCUUUGGUGGGCAGGCAGCGUCGGCCACGACGAGGUCCUCAAACUCACAGAUUUGGGUUCGUUCUUCGCUCAGGAGUCUGCCAGCGAGGAUGGAAACGAGGAUGAACAACAGGAGGGUGAAGAUCCAAGCGGCGGCGACGGGGAGGAUAACCCUGUCGUCGACGAGGAUGUUGAAACAGCUUCCGAACAGGAACCUAGCGAGGACUGCGACUCUGAUGAUCAAGAUGAACGAGGAGACUGGCCCAAAAAGAGGAAGCGGAAGGACAAGGACCCUAAGUCCAUGCGAAAUAGAAAAGCUAAACGCGACGUAGAGGUGCAAGGGAGAUUCUUUGACGAUCUGUGACCGUAGUCUUUCUGCUGCGUCGGCGGAUCGAUAGCCUCUAACUAUGUGGAAUGACCCCGCUUACCUUGACCUUGACUGA